ACCGGCCACAGUGCUCUUAUCCGGUUCCUUUUCAGUCCAUCCCACCCAAUUACACAACCUCCGAUCAACGAAACUAUAAGCCAACAAAAACCAAGAAGGCCUUGGGCUGAUCAACCCCCUGAUCAGGAACCUAUCAAGUUUGGUGAUGUCUUUAACAUCACUGGUGAGCUGGCUUCAAAACCUAUUGGACCACAGGAUGCCGCAGCCAUGCAGUCGGCUGAGACAUUGGUCCUUGGACAAACACGAAAAAAUGGUCCUGCAGCUGUCAUGCUAUCUGCAUCGACUGCGAAUGAAAGAGCAGGCCUCGAUAGCCACGAUGAAGCUGAUGUUGCAUGAGAACAAGGCGCCACGGCAAUUAAGUCCGACGCAGAUGGCGAAGUUUGGGUCACAGAAGCCGUUGGUGGAGAGGUCAAAUAUUGGAUCAUAUCACUUCUUAAUUCUUAUAUAUAUUGUGAAAAUCGAGUCACUUUAUUAGGAGUUAUACUAAUUGUCUUAGUUUAUGCUCUAGAAGUAUGCGUCUUAACUCUUAACAACUUUAAAUUGUU